UCCGGACUCACUAGUCGGUCCACUACUUCCCAGUUCCUCCUCCUCUCUCUCUCUCUCUCAUCAAAGUGAAAACCUUCUCUCUCUCUCUCUCUCUCUCUCUCUCUCUCUCUCUCUCUCUCUCCUGUGCCCGCAAAUCCACAGCCUCCACACCAUCUUUCUUACAGACUCAUUCUAACGAUGUCCUUUCCACGCAGAAUCACCCUCCCGCCACUCUAAACCCUUUCUCGGUGCUCCAUUCUGAAUCGAGCAGUCCUAUAUACAGGCGAUUGAUUGAUUGAUUGGUGAGGGUCGUGGUUGGAAUGGUGGUUGCAGAGAAUGAAGCUAGUAGUAGCGGGGAUGAGGUGAGUGGACCCAAGUCCCCAUGGAAGACUCCACCCGCCUUGGUUGAUCCCAGAACGGCGCCGUCGCUGCCUCCUCCUCCUGAUUCUCCGGUUAUGGGCGCGGAUUCCUGGCCGGCUCUCUCCGGAGCCCAGCGCCCCAAGAACUCCGAAACUACCGCAACAAAGCUGCCGCCGCCGCCACAGCCACUUGAUACUGUCGCUCCGGGAGCCACCGUACUGCUUUCGCCUGGAUCCGGAGUGCAGCAAAAAUCGCAUGGGCCAGGGAGCCCUAAUCCAACACAUAAGCACUCGCCAUCACGUCAUCAAAAAGCAGGCUCCAAGCGUAAUCAAAAUGUUGCACCUCCUUUUGGUGCACCCUUGCAUUACCAUCAACCACCGAUACCUCCUGUUUUUCAUGGUAUGGUUCCUGUGCCGCACAUACCAGUUCCUGGUUAUGCUUAUCAGCCAUACCCUGUACCCUAUCCAAGCAUUGAAGCUAAUGCGGUGAAGUGUGGUUCUGAGGCAUCUAUGCAAAUUACUGUUCCACCGGCUAAUACUAUAGAUGCAAAUAGAAGCCUUAAGCCUCCAUCUCAAGGUGAUUCGAAUGCUUUUGUUGCCAAUUUUCCUAACAGAAGGCCUAAUAUGCAAGAACCUGGUGGGCAUUUUAAUACUUCGUGGCAUAAUCAACGAGCUUUUGGUUCUGGAGACGGUAUGGUUGUACAAAACAUUGGGCCAAGGGCUUUCAUAAGGCCUCCAUUUUUUAGUCCAGCACCGGGCUUCAUUGGUGGACCAAGUUUUCCCGGUCCUCCUGGAUCCAUAUACUGGCUUCCUGCUGCACCUCCAAGCCCUAUUAGGCUACCUCAUCCUCCUCGCUUUUUUCCACAUCCUUUGAAUACCAUGCCUUCUACUCUACCCCCAGAGACAUUAGCUUUAAGAGCCAACAUAUUGAAGCAAAUUGAGUAUUAUUUCAGUGACGAAAAUCUGGAGAAUGAUCGUUACUUAAUUUCUUUGAUGGAUAACAAAGGUUGGGUUCCGAUAUCCAAAAUUGCUGACUUUAAAAGGGUGAAGAAAAUGAGUACGGACAUUCCAUUUAUCCUCGAUGCUUUGCAGAAUUCCUGUGUCAUUGAAGUGCAGGGUAAUAUGAUACGAAGGCAUGAUGAGUGGGCAAAGUGGAUUCCAGCUGUGGUGGAGCAGAAUUUGCCCUCGGCUGCUCAUCAGCCCUUGGGACAACCUGCAGAGGAGGCAGUUGUUUCUUUAAAGAAUGACUUUGAUGAGAAGCCAGCAGAUAAUGAGAAUUUGGUGCAGCAUUUAUCAGGUGGUGUAGGACAGAUUCGACGGAAUACGGAGAAGGCUCGGUUUGACAGUGUAAAAGCUAGAUUUGUUCACCAUGGAAAAAUUGAAAUGGAAACAGAGGACAUGCAAUCAGAUUUGGCUGUACAGAAUCUGGGUGGCCUAUCCAAUGAUUUCGCAAACACAUUCAUGCUUGAUGAAGAGCUGGAACAGGAGCAUAAAACAAUUAAAAAGGAUCAUCUUUCAUCAAUAAGAAGGAUUGAUGACGAAGAUGACGAGAUGAUUGUUACCGAUCAGGCUGUGGAAAGGCUUAUGAUUGUCACCCAGAACAACACUGAAACUGGUGAAGGAUGCGGAAAUGGUUUAAACAAGUCAAACUCUAUAUCCAAUGAGCUUGCUUCCACUAUAAAUGACGGCCUUUACUUCUAUGAGCAGGAAUUGAAAGCUAAGCGAUCUAACCGUAGGAAAAACAAAUCAAGCAGUGAGAGUAGAGAUGGGAACUCCAGCACUGCCUUGACAACGAUAAAUUCAAAGGCUAGUGACCAUGCAAGUGGCUGUGAAGGGCCUGAAAGCACUAAUACCAGAAGGAAGCAAAAUAAAGGCUUUUCCAAGCUUCAGCAACGGUUAUUCUCUGGGAACUUUAGAAAUCAUGGAACUUGCCGCAAUUCUCCUGGCUUAAUAUCAGAGAGUCCACCUAGUUCUUCAGUUGGUUAUUUCUUUGAUUCUACGCCCCCUGAAAGCCACAGCUUGAGGUCUUCAAAGUUGAGCGCUUCACCUCAUGGAAAUUUCACGGCCGACAGUCCACCUGUUGGUUCUGCGCCGAAGCCAUUUCCACCAUUUCAGCAUCCAAGUCAUCAGCUGCUAGAAGAAAAUGGUUUCAAACAGCAAAAGUAUAAGAAAUUUCACAAGCGGUGCCUCAGUGAUCGAAAGAAAUUGGGAAUCGGUUGCAGUGAGGAAAUGAACACACUGUAUCGGUUUUGGUCGUAUUUCCUUAGAGAAAUGUUUGUCCUUUCUAUGUACGAUGAAUUUCGGAAAUUGGCACAAGAAGAUGCAGCUGCAAAUUAUAACUAUGGACUAGAGUGUCUAUUCAGAUUUUAUAGUUAUGGAUUGGAGAACGAAUUCAGGGAGGAGGUCUAUGAGGAUUUUGAACAGCUGACCCUUGACUUCUACAGUAAAGGAAAUCUUUAUGGCCUCGAAAAAUACUGGGCAUUCCAUCAUUAUCGAACAGCUCGCGGUCAAAAAGCACCUGUGAAGAGACAUCCAGAAUUGGAUAGGUUGCUGAGGGAAGAAUAUAGGAGCUUGGACGACUUUCGCCGUGCCAGAGGAAAGACUAAUGAGGUGAAAGAGGAUUGACCUUUACCCAGCCUGGAUGCCUCUCUUUCCUAGCUGCUAUUUGGUGAUAUGAUGCCCCAAUUUUGGAAACAAAACGGAUCUAACAACUUAUAGAGGAGCGAGCUCGAGUUGGCGGCCUAAUUUUUGUGUGGACGCUAAGAAUAAGUUUGUGUAUGUGUAAGCAUGAGGUUAGAUGAUCUCCAUGAGGGCUGCUGGCUGGUAUUUUUUUGGCUUUGUUUUGCGGAGUUGUCUGCUUGGGGAGGGCAUCAUUUCUGGUUUGCUCCUGGUUGUAACUUGUAUAUAGGGAUAGUUUGAAAAAAAAAAAACAGGAAAAAAAAACAAAAAACAAAAAAAAAAGUCUGAAAACCUGUAAUUUGAAAUGAGUGAGACAAUAAGAUGUUGAAUUUUUUUGAA